AUGAGCGGGGUGCUGUCAGGGGUAACCACAUCUGUCAACCGUUCUUGGCCAAUAAAGAGCGGAGCGAGGCGGACCACAGGUGCGCGCCUCUGCGUCCCCUUGGCACAGCGCCCGGGAGAUGCUGGAGAGAGACGCCUAGCUGCCCCGUGGCGCAAAAGAGUUACUGUCAAAGGCAGCCUCCUUUUAACUCCAGCUAUCACUCUGGCUCCGAUAGUUAUGGCGACCGCAACGUCCAACCACUACAGCGUCCUCAGUACCCCCAGCAGCGCGCCGCCGCCGCACUCGGAGUCCGGGAGCAUGCAGCAGGCGGCAGCGUACAGGGACGCGCACACCCUGCUCCAGAACGACUAUAGCACGUUACCGGGCGGUGGGCAUCCGCUCAGCCACGCGCACCAGUGGAUAACGGCGCUGUCUCACGGUGACAGCGGGGCACCCUGGCCGUCUAGUCCCCUCGGAGAACAGGACGUGAAACCCGUAUUGCAUGACAGUGACCGAGAGGAGCUGCAGAACUCCAGCAGUCUGCAGCAGCAGCAGCAGCAACAACAGCAGCAGCAGCAACAGCGACACCCUCACCUAGCGCACCAGCAGGCGCAUCACGACGCCAGAGCAUGGCGAACCAGCACAGCCACAACGCACAUCUCCGGUAUGGCGACAUCUGAGGGCCAGAGCCUGGUGUACUCUCAGUCCGGCUUCGGUCUGAUGCCGGGGGGAGAGCAAGGGGGGAUGCACCACCACUCUCUGCGCGAAGAGGACCACCACAGCCACAGUCCGCACCUCAGUGAACACGGAGGCGGCCCCGGGGCCCACCAGCAGUCUCUCACACACCAUCACCAGCACGGGGGCCAUCAGGAUCAGUCUGACGAGGACACGCCGACCUCUGACGAGUUGGAGCAGUUUGCCAAGCAGUUCAAACAGCGGCGAAUCAAGCUUGGCUUCACCCAGGCGGACGUGGGACUGGCUCUCGGGACACUGUACGGGAACGUUUUUUCUCAGACGACCAUUUGCAGGUUCGAGGCGCUUCAGCUCAGCUUCAAAAACAUGUGCAAACUAAAACCGUUGUUGAACAAGUGGCUGGAGGAGGCGGACUCCACCUCGGGGAGCCCCACCAGCUUGGAUAAAAUCGCGGCACAGGGACGGAAAAGGAAAAAGAGAACCUCCAUUGAGGUGGGCGUCAAAGGGGCUCUGGAGAGCCAUUUUCUCAAAUGUCCAAAACCGGGAGCAGCGGAGAUCAACUCCCUAGCGGACAGCCUGCAGCUGGAGAAGGAGGUGGUGAGGGUUUGGUUUUGUAACCGGCGGCAAAAGGAGAAGAGGAUGACGCCCGCUGGGGGACAGAUACCUGGAGGAGAGGACAUGUACGGGGACACCCCUCCUCGCCACGGAGGACAAACUCCCGUGCAGUGA